AUGAGCGAAUUCACCAGUCACUCGGUCCUUGAAACCCAUACUUCGCUAGAUCCCAGUCAGCGGGAGAUCUCUCAUCCGCCCCAAACAUACACCUACUACCAUGCCGGGCCAUUGUUCACGAUCGCAGAACUGCACACCAACGUUCUCCUAUCUCAAGCCAUCAACAAACAGUCGUCGGGGAAAUUCAUUCCCAUACUGCCACAAGACCUAGAACAGCGAGAUCUCAGUCCACACUCGAUCCGAGACGAGGAUCUUCGUGCAUUGUUAUCUUCCGACUUGGCCAUGUUCACCUAUGAUGGGGCAGAACUGGAUGCGGGCACCGUGGUCGAGUAUAUGGUCGCCAAGAUGGCAGAUAUCCCCACUGUCAUUCUACGCACCGACUUUCGAGGAGCUGGAGACCAAGGCAAAGUGGGUGAUUCUUGGAAUCUGAUGAGCUCAUUCUGGCCACGUACGGUCGCUGUCGCUUUGGAUGCCAUGGUCGGAUACAAGACCAGUUUGGCAAUGGCGCUGAGUCAAGGGAAAGAGACAACUGGGGGCGAGUUGAUGAUCGAGGAUGUGGCGCAGAAAGUCAUUGAUGCCUUUGAGAAGGUCCUGAAAGAACCGCCCAGACUGCCGAAGGAAGUCAGGGAGGGUGUAUAUCAAUGGCUUGCCCUGAUGCCUGGUUUCAAGGAUGGUGGUGAUCAGCAUAAUGUUGAGUUACUUGCAAAGUUAUGCAAAGAGAAGCAAUCCAAAGGGUUACUAUGA